AAUCUGCGAGCUAAACAGUUUUUUUUUAAUGGGGACAUGCAUCGGCUAACAGAAAUUUUGUCUAUCAGUGUGCAAAUACGGAUUGUGAAAAGGUGCAAGUUUUAUUUCGUGAAACAUGGAGCGAGUUUUUUUAUGUUUUUUUGGUGCUCUAUUGAUUACAGUUGUGUUCUCAGCCGACAUAUCUACAAACAACAUAAACCGGUCACCGAACGUUUACAAUUCGAAAACCGAUCCUGCCAGCAUUAUCGAGUCGCUACGCAAACAAAUUCAGACCAAGGAGGAGGAACUGGAAAGGGCGGAAAAGACCAACAAGAAUUUCGAGAACAUGAUCCAGUUGGUGAACAUUUUGGGUCAAGUGGACACGUUUUUGACGGACAGGACGCGUGCGUUGGUUAAGAAAUUGGCCAUGCUGACCGAGGACGGUGACGAUAUCGUUGUCGCUAAAACUGUCAAUAAUAAUGUGUAAUAAAAAAACGUAUUAGAGGAAAA